AUGACUGUCUGUAUCUUGUAGCGGGCUGGCGCCGUAGAUCGUGGAAUGAAACACAGCCGAGCCUAACACUACCUUCAGUCGGUCUUUGGACUUACUACCACAGGGACCGCUAGUUGUUGACAGUGAACGGAACUAGCUUGUUCAAACAACUUGUUGUGUUAUUCCCCUAUCGUCUUUAAUCAGUGAAGUGUGAAUUGCAGUCGGAUAUUUCCACCUACAAAAGGUCAACUUGACAGAAACUCAGGCACUUAAGCCUGAUUUCAACUUGUCCCCCGCGAUUCUCGACAAUACCACAAUGGAAGAUCAGCAGCACCCCAGCGCCUGGCUUCGUCCCGACACCCACAGGAAUACGUUCGAGGCUGCAGCCACCCCCGGUAUCCUACCCCCAGAAGAUAUCAGUGAGAUGUUGUUUUCUUCGUUUGAUGGAAACUCAGGGCAUAUGAACCCCGGGUAUUACCCCGGCAGCGGCCGUCCUAGCAUGGGAUAUCGUCAACAUGUGUCAAGUGGCAGUCAGCUUCACCGGACCCACUUCCACACCCACCCCUUACCCUGGAUCACAGAGCCCAAGUCCAUGGUGCCCCACACCGGGGGGUGGAGUAUAUAUAGCAAGUCCCUCACACACCCCUCCCCUACAGCCCCGCUCUCUGUUCACCCUGCAACAUCCAUCGCCACAUCAAGCUCGUUUAAUUUCCCUCCCACUCCCCCGAAAGACAGUACCCCCGAGAAUAACACAUGCACAAGUGAAUAUACCCCUGACAACAAACCAAAAAACGACGGGUCAGAAAAUGGACUGUCCGGUUUGGCAAGUUUCCCAGCUCACAGCAGCGUCACCUGCAGCACUGCCCACCCCGUUCCCACCUACCCCCACUACAUGCCCACCGACUACGCCAACGCACACAUCGGCUUCCACCCUACGGCAUCCGUGUUCAAAGCCACACCCUCCCUCUCCUCUGGUCACGGGAGAACAAGGACCAAGUCUCGAUCAAGCACAGAGGGCAGAGAGUGCGUUAACUGCGGAGCAACCUCUACACCGUUGUGGCGUCGAGACGGCACUGGUCAUUACUUAUGUAAUGCCUGUGGACUCUACCACAAAAUGAACGGUUCCAACCGACCCCUCAUUAAACCAAAACGAAGAUUGUCGGCUGCACGGCGAGCAGGGACCAGUUGCGCUAACUGCGGAACGACAACCACGACGUUGUGGCGACGUAACCCCAACGGAGACCCCGUCUGUAACGCCUGUGGUCUCUAUUACAAACUACACAAUGUAAACCGCCCACUAACAAUGAAGAAAGACGGUAUUCAGACGAGGAACAGAAAGAUGUCGACAAAGAGUAAGAAGAACAAGAAAGGAAUGGGCGGCAUGAAUGACUUCUUCAAGCCAUUGGACAAGGGUCUUGGGUUCGGUGCCAACAUGAAUCCGGGCAUGCAUACCCAGAUGCACCCGUACAUGACCGGGGGGAGUUCACUGACCGGAGGGUUCAUGUCUCACUCUGGACACCAUCACACACAGCACGGUGGACUUGGCAGCCUCUCUUCUGGAUUCGGCAACAACUUCCCGCCAUCACUGCAGUCGACGUUCCCAUCUUCAUUUUCCUCAAUGCCAAGUAUGACAUCGACUGGGCUCAACCUCUCGACGGCGUCCAACAUGGUGGGGGCCGCGAUGGCUUAGUGGUGAUUGGACAAUGCCAUUAUUUAACUCUAUAUGUUCCUGUACGUGUUCUGUAGAACAGGACGUGACGACCAGUGGAACAGCCUGAGAUUAUGUCAGUGCUACAGCAACGUCUAGUACGUCGUCCACUGCGUGCCCAACGUCUCCUCGUGCCGCAAAAGAGCUGAAAACCCACUUGAGACAACCAUCCGUUGUCCCGGGCUUACCAUUACAAGAACGAUUCGUCAAAGAGGUACAGCGGGGUGCAUUUCAAGCCAGCAAGUGCUCAUUCGUGCUAAUGUCUUCUUGGUCCAACAGAAGUGUUUGUAUUACAACGGACUUGAGAAAGACACGUUGAACUUAUCGUGGACAGUAACAAUGUACUCGGGCCACGGUGGGGUCAUGUUUCAGGGAUAUAAACACAGAGGCGCUCCCAGCGAUGUGAUUCGUAACCGAUCGAGGCAAGGUGGGAGAACAGGGAAAGGGUAUGCGUGAGUUCUAGGAGUCAAGCUCCGUCUACGGGUGGGGUCGACUCGCAACCUGCACUCAGUUCUACCGCCACAAUCCUUGGUGACUCGAGCGCUCUCAACACUGCAGAGCGCCGCCGUAUCGGGUGUAUUUCAGCGCCGAUAAGUCUAUGAGAACACACACCGCGCUGCCUGUGAAAACUGAGCAGAGGAGUUGUAUAGCAAGUUUAGCGGUCACUAAACUCAUAUACCACCAGGUCGGACAUAAGACAAUGAUGGCUUCGGUUUGAGUAUUGUAUUAGCCACGAGGGAACACUGACGAAGUUCCAAUGUGAAUUACGGACUCGACAUUUUAAACGCAGCAUUAAAAGACGAUCAGUUGUCGACGUCUUGUGCGGGUCUUUAAUACAGCAUAAUAUAUCAUGAAUGGCCCAACGUUACGUGAAAGACAUUUUGUUGAUAUUAUAUAUAUUCGUUACCUUCCAAAGGAGGGCGCUGUAAUGUUGUUAUAAUUUAUGCAACUGUAUUAUAGUAUAUUGUUUAAGAGAAGCAUUUCUAUGACUUGGCAGAGGUAACCUGCUUAUGACGGAACACAAUUAUCUAGUCUUCACUCUUCAACGUACAUAUCCGUUACUUCAGCAUCACUAUGUUCAUCUCCUUGCGUGUGUUGCCAAGACUAUCGUCUAGGAUAGACGACUGCAUUUCUCAGCAGUGCUGGUGUAGAACUAUAUAAAGGUACUCUUCUACGAUAAGGUGCAAUUGGGUAAACUAACUCGUGUAAAUUUGGAACGACCAGACGACAGCCAGCUAGCGCCACCUAGUGACAAAACGGGUCUCACACCACCUGACGAUCGUCCAGCGCCAUCUUGCUUCAAAUUUGGUUUGCUAGUGUCAGCUGACCUAGCGCCACCUAGCGACGAAUUUGAACCGCUAGCGCCACCUAGCGGCAUGUCUGUCUGCUAGCGUGAACCAUCGUGACCACGUAGAGAGAGGGAUCAUUCCACGAUUCUCUACCGUACUGUUUGCAGUUGUUUUUUUCUCCAUAUAUGAAUCUCACAUUUUUUGUGUAUGGGCUAACUAUACAACGUUUAUUUGUACAUACUCGUCUGCUCAAUACAGUGUAAACACCACUUCUAAUUCAUCAGAACUAAAAAAGUGAAACGAA